UGGUUUGCAGUUGGCGUACAAUACGUCAAGGUCAAGAUGUGCUUGCAAAUUCUCAAGAUGGAGUCGCGCUUUAACGCCGUUUUGGUCCUGGUUUUGGUCCUCGGUCCUCGUCCACCCAAACGGCAUUCUCCCCCGUCUCCCUCCUCCGACACAUCCUUCGAAAGGUCGAAGUCCUGAAACUGGCAGAGAAGGGCACGGCAUGACAAAACAGACCCACCUUCCGGUUCCCACCACACCAGCCACCACCACACAGGCCUUUCCUCCGGACUUUCAUAGGAAAUAUAAAAAUCGGCUACCUGUCUUUGUCAAAGGCCACGCAGAAUUGCGAGCAGCCUGCACAACCGUCGAGGGGCUGCGGUGUUUGUUUUCCGCGACGGGCGGACUACCUAAUGAAGGCAGUGGCGGAGCAAGGGUGAACGUCAUGAAGGCGCUGGAUGGAGAGAACUUCCUGGAUGACGAGCGAUAUACCGAGCCGGUGUCGAUCUCUGUAGAGGACUUUAUUGGCCACGUGAAGGACACGAACGGGAGCGAGAGGGGAAGGAUGUAUUACCGAAGUACACUGCCGGAGAGCCUGAAAGCCCUCUUGGCAGCAUCGGAUAUCCUUGACACGAUAUGCCCGACAACGUCAGACGCUACAGAAAAGCAGGCAUUCGUUCACCGAUCCUUCUCGUUAGCUCGAUUAUGGGUUAGCACGACUGGAUGUGUUACACCUCUUCACUACGACAAAUGUCAUGGGUUGUUGGUUCAGCUGUACGGCAGGAAGCGCUUCAUCGUCUUUCCGAGAGACGAUGCGGGGAGCCUAUACUUGCACAACGGAAUAACCGGGCCGACGCAUGCGUCCCGGGUGCGUGCGGUGGACAAGAUAUUUGAGAAUGCCGCUAGGCUGCACCGGGGCGACAUAGCCCAAGAGGAGACGAUCCCUCUGCAGCAGCAAAUCGAUAAUUUCCUCGAUUCAUACCCCAAGGUCGCCAAGACUACUCCAUACGUGAUCGAGCUUGAUCCAGGAGAUAUCUUAUACACACCGCCCGGCUACCUGCACGAAGUUGCCAGUUUAUCUGGGUCUGUGUCGGUCACCAUCCCAUGGGAUAUGUGCCCCGACGAGUUGGACGAUCGGCCAGCGUGGAUGGCUUUCUGAUUGCAACGGCCGACAAUAUAGAGUGCAGUGGAAUGCCCAUUGGGCAAGCAUGUACAUGUA